UCUGGUGCCUUCAUUUAAUGAGUACUCAUGGAAAAGAAAUAACAAAGUAUAAGGACAAAGUAUUAAACGUGCUUGAGAAAUUAGUAGAAAAGGAAAAAGUUUAUUCAAAAGUAUCUGGUGUUACUUUUAGGUUCAUCCGGUAUAAGAGAGCACUGAAAGAGUGUCUUAUUCAUGAGGGAAGCAUGGAGAGUUCGGCAGAUCUUGUUAAUGUCAAGCACAUAGGAAAGAGUAUAGCAAGUGAAAUUGUUAAAGAAAUAGAAAAAUAUGAGAGUUCUUGUGAAAGCCCAGCGAACAACUGCAAGGAAGAAAAUGAAGAGGAGAAGGAGGAACUAAUUAUUAUAUCAGAUAACUCUAGUGUUUUUGAAGAAACUGCAAAUCUAUUGCAGAAAAGACAGACUCUAGCUCAAAAUGAAAAUAAUGUGAGUGACAGUAUAUUUACUUCUAAAAAAGCAGAAGUAUCGAAUGAAAUAAUUAGUAAAUAUGCACAGAAUGGAGAAGGGCCGAAGAUACGGGAGAAGAAAGUUGGGUAUGUAUUUACAGUUAAAAACAAGAAUAUGCAGAUUAAAACUCCUGUUCCAUUUACACUAGGCCAUCUCAUUCUUGAUGGGUUGACUGGUGAGGAUACACAUAAUAAAUCAAUUGAUAUUGGGUCAUUGCGGUAUGUGUGCUUGGAGAGGGCAAGAAAGUACAGUUUGUUAUAUGGCAGCAGAGCACUAUUUGAAUCCACUGAGAAAAGAAUAAAACACUUUUCAAAGAUACUUUUAAGGCACGGCCUUAUAGAAGACCACCAAAACAGCAUUUCUAUAACCGAAAUGGGAAAGAGCGCAGCAAGGCUUCUAUCAAGCACAUGUAGAUCUUAUAAUAAAGGAAUUAAUGGCAUCUUGGGCAGCAGAUACAUAGAGAACCCAAGCGAUGUUCAAGAUGGGACUCAGAUAGAUUUAGAGUCAGCAGAUAUUCAGCCUAUGCUAUUGAUUGACAUAAGAGAAAAGAAGACACGAGAAGACCCGUACUUCUUUCAUUUUUUUCUAUCACAUGCAGGUGUUAAUACAGAGACUAGAGUCUUGUCUAUUGGGGAUUUUCUUUGGUCGUACGUAAAAAACAUGCAAGAAUACUACUGCAAUCUAUUAAUAGAAAGAAAGACUAUUCGUGAUCUACUCCAGUCUGUGCGGGAUGGAAGGUAUAGAGAACAAAAAGAACGAUUGCUAAGCCUGCCCGGCAACAAAAUGUAUUGUAUAGAAGGGAACUACCCUAUGGAGAAAUCUGUUGUUAAAAUGAUGUACACUGUAGCUUAUGGGCUAAUCUCAAGCGGUUUUAUAGUUGUUAACCCAUGGAAGGUUGAAGAGACUCUUUUUAUAAUAGAAAAAGCACACAGAAUUGUAACAAAUAAAGUAAACAAGAGGGACGUUCUGCCCGAAUACAGCAGCGAUGGAAAUGCGACAAAAAAAGAUGAAAACGGGGGUUUACUUGAAAAUUUAUUAACGAAUCUUCAUAGAAAAAAGCUUACUGACUACACAGAAAUUGAGCAAUCAUUAAUUAUCCUGCAGUCUAUAAAAGGGGUUUCUUAUAACACCGCUAGUACCAUAGUUUCUAAAAUAGGAAGGCUUUCUGUGCUGAUUAAAAAAGGCACAGACCGGCAGUCUCUUCUAGAAGAGUUGGCUUGCCUGCCUACGACAAAAAAAAACAGAACUCUUGGGACAAAAAAAGCCCACUCUAUUCUUAUGUCUCUUGGCUUAUAAUGAUAGAAGAAAAAUCUGUGGACUAUUCUCCAAAAAAAACUCAAGAA